AUGUCGUAAGCAAUUCAAAAUACAGAAGUAUGUUAACUUGGUUUAGAACUAGUAAAUAAUGUAUAUUUAUAUAUAAAUAAAGAUAAUUAACUAUUCUAAGAAAAUCAAUCCUUAAUAUGACAAGAAAGAAAUCAACAAACAAUUCUAAAAAGAAGAUGCUACUAUUUGUUUUAAUAUUAUAUGUCAAUAUGUGGAUUAAUUAAUAAUUGAACAUGAAGAAUUAUUAAAUUCAUAUUAAAAUUUAGAAUAACAAUUAAUUUAAAAAGAAGCUGAAGCUAGAAGACAUAUUUAGAUUGAAUAAUAAUUAAAACUAUAUGCUGAAAGUUUAUUAGAGAAUUCUGAAGAAUGUUAAAAAUAAUUAGACAGUUUAAAUUAUUAGAUUAUAGUACAUAUAUUAAAUAUAAGUCCAUUUAAAAAGAAAAUAUUUGUCUAAAAUAACAAUUAAGGUCAAAUAAAAAUUAAAGAAUUUUAACAGAUAAUAGCUAAGAAAGAUUUAACACUUUUAUUUAAUAAUAGAAAUAGUUAAUUAAUGAAAUUCCAUCAAAAAAAAGAUCUUUAGAUUCAUAAAAGUAAAAAUUAAUUAAUUCUUUUAGAUUUAGAAUUUCAUAAACUUAAAAUCAUGAUAGAAUGUAAAUGAUUUGUAAUAUAUACCAAAAAAAACCAUCAAUUUAAAUUAAGUAAAGAUCAAAUACUAUUCAUGUAACAGAUUUUCCAUCAAAAUUUUAAAAAUCCCAAAAAUACAGAACUAACAAUUGA